CCAUGAUGGCGGCGGGGCUGUGGCGGGCGGCGCGGGGGUCUCCGGCGGGGUCUCUCCCGCUUCUCCUGCCCAGGGGGCUGCUGCACCUCUCGGCCCCGCGGGAGACGGUCAUCGUGGAGCGCUGGUGGAAGGUUCCGCUAGGCAAAAAAGACCGAGAGCCUCGCAUCAAACACCCCCGUUACCGCGUCUUCCGUCUGGUGGAGGACCUCAAGCACUGCCCCAAAGAGCCCCUCGAACUCAUCCUCACCGAACCGGUGGAAGACGUUGGAAACCGGGGCGAAACCGUCUUCGUCCACAGAUCUUUUGGGCGUAACCAUCUCCUGUUCCACCACCGGGCCGUUUACGCCUCUCCAGAAAACAAGAAGUUUUUCGAAGAGGAAAACCGAUUACGUGAAGAAGGGAAGCUGCCGAGAUUACAAACUCACAGCGGUAGGAAGACUGUCCGGUUCCUGAAGAAUUGCACCCUGGAGAUCGGCGUGAACGAGUGUGACCAGUGGGAGCUGACGAAAGAAAUUGUCUGCCGGCAUUUCCUCCGAAACUUGGGAGUUGUAGUGCCCCCCCAGGCGCUGACUCUCCCGGAAGAACCCAUCACCAAACUGGGCAGUUACUGGUGCGACGUUACGGUGAAUGGGCUCGACACCGUCCGCGUCCCCCUCUCGGUACAGCUGUUUGCCGAACCGAAAUCCAACAGCCAACGGCUUUGGCUCGCCCAGAAGGAACCGGAAGUCGCCGACAGAGAAGCGGGAAAACCUUGAGGCCUUCGCGGAAGAGAGGCUGGGAAAGGGACUUUUCUCUGCGGCUCCAAAAUCGGAGCUUAGGAUAUUUUUUUUCUAGCCAAAAACUCCUUUUAGGAGGGGGGGGGAUUUCCUUGAGCUGAGCACGGGUGGGUGAAGCCCGCUGCUCUUCCCGUCUCUUAAAACCUCGUGGGGGGACACAAGGGGAUCCUGUUUGGGGUGCUCCGGCCAGCAACUCUGCCCAGAAACGGGGAGGGACUGCAGGAACCGGUGAAUAAACCAUCCACCU